AUGACUGCGCCGACAUGUAAGGGGGACGCCCUGGGCCAUGUUGGUUCGACAUUGGGGGGUGACGGCAUCCCGGUGGUUACUCGAUCCAUCCGGCCCUUCCACGGCGCGUCGUUCGGAAAGGGCCAAUUGGUUUUGCUUUGGCUGAAUCCCGAAACCCCGAGCGCACUACCACCUGCGCCAGGAUCGAACGCCGGUGCAUGCACGGCCUCGAUACGUGCAUGCAGCGCAGUCGAUACAGGGCACACUUUGUCCACCGCCAAAGUAAACGUGUCCCCUCUGAACCUCCUGAUCCGUAUCAACCACACAAAACGUCAUGAAUCGCUCCAGGACACGGUAUACAUUCGCUAUCGACUGCUACAUCUCACAUGCAAACAGUCUCAGGCCGUGUCCCACGAAACGACGCUGCAAGCCAGAUGCCUUCGACCGCCACGUCAUGAACCCAUGAAACCCCGAAACCCCGAGACCUCUGUUGGUACCUGCAGCAUCGACUAA